AUGAAAGUCGUAAAGUCAAAGACAGCGAAGUCUUCUAAGACCAAAAUGAGCCACCGUGACACGGUGAAGUCUCAUAGUGGGGAGAAGCAGGUAAAUGGACAUCUCGAAAGCAAAAUAUCUAAUCACAAUGCUAGAAUCAAGGCUCUAGAGACUGCCAUCUGGACCAUGCAGGUCCAGCCUAGUAUUGACGCUAUAUGCGAGCCUACAGACGAUGAACCGGGUGAUGAGAGAAGUGUAGCGACUUGGGAAAAUUGGACAGAGUCGUCUGAGUCUGGUGAUACAGUGAUCGACGACUUCAGUCCUUCUGGAACGAGCUACGGUGCUGUCAAUCAAUUAUCCCCUCCUUCGCACCACUCUAUUGUUGAGCUUCUCAAUCCACAUCCGACACGAAGUCUAAAUACCACACUUUUGCAGGACUGUAUAAUUAGUUAUCCCAAGCUCUUUAAUGAGUCCUAUCUCCGGGUUGAUAGCUUGAGUCUAGCCGAAAGGAGAUUGCUAGAGCCGCUCAAGUUGAAGGGGCUCAAGUGGCGUUGGCAUCCAUUUAUGGAUGUAAGAAACACACAUCGAGGCGACAUUUGUGUUCGGACGAUGGACAACGAUGUUUUCCUUAGGAUGAUGAAUAAGUUUCCCUCUAUCGCCUUCCGGGAAUCACGUGAAAAGGGAAAGUCAAAUGCACUCCGUGAUCCUGCAAAAAUCGAAAAUAAACCUGACUUCUCUGAAAUCGAGGUAUGGGGCGGUCGCGUUUUGGUGUGGUGUAUCAUCGGUACCACCUGUUGCACUUCAACGCCUCUCGACUUCUCCAAAGAAAUCACCAUUACCCGUAGCGAGAACAACUCAUCAGAGUACAAAGCCGAGUCGACGUGGUUCUCUUAG